CCCUGUUUAAAACGACUCGGGUGAACUAGUAAUAAAUAAGGGCAAAACGACCUGUUACCGAACUGGAGCAUCAGUCAUCUUGAUGCAUAUGACCCCACCAGUGCAUUUUUUUUUGCUUUACAUAUCUUCAAACGUGUCAUCGGAAAAGUUGUGUAUCACUUUCAAACUGAGAUAAACAAUUUCACCAUCUUAAAUGGAGCCAGACACAAAGGAAAAUGGUGCAGAAAAAAAGCCUAAAACUGUAAAGGAGACGUUGUUGAAUGUUGAUUACUGGAAACUACGCUGGGCACAGAGAAAAGUAGCCUUUCAUAGCGCCAAUGUUCAUAAAUUUUUGGCUGAAUACAACGAUCGGUUGUUGGUGGGAAGAGAACACAUAAAGAUAUUAUUUCCUAUGUGUGGGAAAACUGUGGACAUGAAGUGGGCGUAUGACCUGGGUCAUGUUGUGGUUGGAGUGGAAGGAAGUGAGAUACCUAUUAAGGAGUUCUUUGAAGAAAGUGGUCUAGAAUAUACUGUUGAACCACUGACAACUAUUGCAGGCAAUCGUUACAAGACUACUGAUGGCAGAAUCCAAAUAUUUGAGUGUGAUCUCUUUGAUUUCAACAAAGAUCUUGCUGGACAGUUUGAUGCUAUUUGGGAUCGAGGAGCGAUAGUUGCUGUAAACAAAGACCAACAAAAACGAAGUCGUAGGAAGGAGAAAAGUACUGAGAUUUUCCUGGCCAUGUUGCAUCGCCUCGCUGGCCCCUGUCCACCUCAUGUUAUUCUUGAAAAUCAAGUUUGUGAUCUCUAUGGUGAUAAGUGCACUGUAGAAAAAGUGUGUUCUGUGGAUUCCUUCAAAGAAAAGCACAAGUCUUGGGGAAUUACCGAGCUGAAUGAAGACCUCUAUCUAAUCAUUGUGAAAUAGAGAAAUGGAGUUUUUCAACAUUUUAAAACUUAAACUACAUUUUACUGACACCUAACCAACUCAGUAAAAUCGGCCAAUUUAUUUACUUUACAUUUAUUUGUACCAAUACACCCCUUGGGUUAUUGUGUAAAAUAACACACAAUAGGGCAUAAAUAAAAUGACAGUCAUGGUAAGUUUGAGUAGAUAUUCCAACUCUUUCCUUUUAUUCUUUACAUCUGUUUUUGUCUUGGAUUUUUUCAAUAUAUUACAACAAAAAAAAGGAAACUAAAUAUUUACUAAUGUAAGAGAAAAAUCAGUCUCAGAGGGGAUUUGAACCACGGACCAUAUGUAAGCUAAUAGGGAAAUUCCUACUAGCUACUGCCAGUAGGAGCUUUUAUACUACAUCCUCCCUCCUCGGCCUGGAGCUGUGGGCAAUGGGCAGUUAAACUGUAAUGGUUCCUCAAUGCUUAUAAUUGUAUUCUUGUGUUAUGUCGGCUCCAAAUGUAACAGAUAAAUAAAACUCCACAGAGGGGAAUCAAACCAAAGACCCUCUGUAUGAGAAUCCAGCACUCUGCCAACUGAGCUAACAGGAAUAUUUAUACUGGUCACACUACUACACCAAUUUGGGGUGGAAUUUAGCUCAGUCGGUUGAGCGCUCGCCAGGGGUACUUGUGUUGCAGGAUCGAACCACCUCAUUGGAUCUAUUCCAACUGAUUGGGGUUUUUUCUCUUUUCCAACCGGUGCACCACAACUAG